AUGGGCCGCCGCUUUGCGAUCCAACCUGGCUCGUCCAUGGAUGGAAUGUGUGCAUACACUUACCCCCGCUUUCCCCCUCAUCACUGGCACAGUUGACGACUUGGCUGUCGCUGACCACCAAGGCGUCCCGUCUCGUGCCCCGUCGCCAUACCACGUGACGUCGCACAACAGCAACUUCGAUCCCACGCCGGCCCCUCCGCCUCAAGCGAACCUUCCCCCGCGCGAAGUGGCCAAGUUGAUCCCCUGUCGAUACUUCCCGCAAGGCACUUGCAAGUAUGGUGAUUCGUGCAUUUUCUCCCACGGAAUUCCGGGCGUGGCUGGCUCCCCAGGUGUUGCUCCAUCGCCCUCCGUUCAGGCCCAACUCCUGCGUACUUCCACUCAGCCGGCCGAUCCUCAAACCGUCCUUCACCAGCAAGCGCAACACUUUCCGUCGCAGCAAGACGAGUACCUCCAUGGGAUGCCCAUGUAUUAUCCCGAACAGCACAUUGAGCCAUACGGCUAUUCCCAUCACCUCCAUCACCACCAGCACCAUCAGCAACAACAGCAACCGUUUUCGCCUCAGGGAGCCUUCUAUCCCUUCCCUCCACCUUUCUUCGGCGCCCAACAUUACCAGCAAGCGCCGCCACCGCCGCCACCGCCGCCACCGCCGCCCCAAUCGUUCUAUCAUAUGCCCCAAGCGCAGCAGCAAGCUCCGCAAACUUCGAAUACCGCGUUGUCUAGCGAGAGUCGUGCUUUUUCCCCGGCUUCGACGGGAUACAUCAACGCUUCGAACCCUGCUCUGGCCUCGAUUGCCCCGCAAACUCUUUCUACCUCAUCGAUCACUCCAGCCUCUCCGUCUCGUGAUGAUCUAAGUGCGCCAUCGCCUCCAGGAACAAGUCCCCUACUGUCCGCCACUGCGUCCGCUAGCCUGACCGAUUACGCUCCUGCCCAGUCCCAAAGCGCGGCAGCCUCGAUGUCUCCGUCCUCUGCGGACCAUUCAAUCCUUCCGACCCUCCACAACCUACUCCAGAACGAUAUUUUAGCACCCAACGGAUGGGAUGGCUCCACUUCGCCCUCAGAUCCAGCCUCGGCCAUCACUCCUGUGAAGGUGACCACGAGUUCCAAUGGCAAGAACGCACCUCGCAACGGCAUCAUUGGCCCACAUGGCAUGCCGCACUUCGCAAAUGUUCCACGAGCCCGUGGAUCGAUGAUUGGACCAGCUGGAAGCUUUGGUAGUGUGAGCAACGGCAAAACCGCUCGUCGCAAUUUCCCCGCCGGGUCACCUCGCCCACCUUGCUCGUUCUUCGAGGCGAACCGGUGCCGAAACCGCGAUGCGUGUCCAUUCCAACAUCUCCUGCCGGACGGCAGCGACGCCCGUCUGCUAGGUCAAGGCUGGGUUGGCGCUGAUGGGCGAACGGACAACCCGGAGGAAAGGGGUGGUCUUCCGGCGACAUGGUUGGCCAAUCCAAACUGGAAGAAGGCAGGCAGCAACGGCGCGUUCUUCCGCAACGGCGCGCAAAGCUCCGGUGGGCCGUUCUCCAACGGGGCAUUACGUCAGCAACGGAAUCGCUUCGAGGAAGAGCAAGCUCGCCUGAGAGCAGACACGCAAGCUCAGGUAGCUGCCGCGGGUCACAACGGAGUGGCGGGUGAAUCGUCACCUGGCGUCCCUGAGGUUUCGUCGGGUCUUGCCGCGAACGGUUCCCGUCUGCAUCCUGGAGGAGCCGCACCGCAACUCGUCGCCGCUAUCCACGGCCUUACUCGUCGUAUCCCACCAGUGCAGCCCCGAGACGUUCAGGCGCCCCAUCUGCCCGUCGCUGCGCCAAGUGGAUCAAAAAGGCCGGCAGUUUUGACGAAUGGCGAUCGCAGCAAACCGUCGAGUGCUCUCUCGCGUGCGACCCAGCGCGUGCCUUCUGGCGAAGACUUUCCCGCUUUGACCCCAGGUUCCCCUUCUCCUUCCUUCGAAUUGUCAGUCGCUCAGCCUGAAGUGACGGCGGCUUCGCAACCUUCAACAUCUUCCGCCGGCGUCGCUCUUGAAGCACCUACAGAAGUUCAGCAGAUUGAUGACGCUGGCUUUGAGAGUGCUGUGGCCGACUCGGACUUCGUGAUGGUCAAUCACUCGGAUGCCCCCGCUUCGGAGACCGCUGGCACCCCGUCCACUGAACCCUCAUCCAGUCCCCUCGCUUCGGCCCCAGUUUUCGGAGCAGCGGCCAUGGCCGCACCGUCCCGCCUUGUCGGUUCGUUCGCGUCCGCCGCCGCCAGGGGCGCCUCCGUCGUUCUCACAGAAAAGUCGAAGAAGGCAUCUUCGUCGUCCACGCCUACCCUUGCCACUGCCGCCGCCGUCACCGACCCUGACACCGCCCCUGCUUUCAAGGAUUGGAAAGACUGCUCGGCGCCAAAGAAAGGAGGCAGCCCCGCCCUCAAGAAGCACACUUCUUUAACCACGACAAAUCCCGCUACCCCGGUCGCUGUCAAGGCUUGA